AUGGCUACAAUUAACUUGAUUAUUUUUUCUUACCCCUUUGAUCAUCGUAAAUGCAAUUAUUGGUGGCAAUAUGAAGUACCAUGGAAACAAAGACAUCAUUUGCAGAAUUUUGAAACUACUUUGAUUUCUUAUAACUACACAGUUAGUUCCCCACAAUUGUCCAAGAAAGAAAAAAGUAAAGAUCUGCGAAUGGGCAAGAACUUGCUGAAAUUUGUACCAUCUGUAUAA